CUAGUCUUUUUGUCAUUGGUCUCGAUAAUCCGAUAAUCUCGCUUUUUGCCACCAUAGAACUGAUACGAUCUAUGAUGCCACUUAAAAGUUUUAUGUUUGGAGAAAGUUUUGAAUUGAGCUUUCUAACUAAACUCGGCCGAUCGGUGUUGACUCAAUGAGUCUAUUUGGACUCUCGAUCUAUAUUUGAAUUCACCAGUGAUUGGCCUUUUUAAAUAUAUUUUUGUAGUUUUCAAAUGCACGUGGUUUUGUUUACAAACAAAGCCAAGACAUUUAUCUAGCUGUCACUAUAAUUGACUGACUAUUUGAAAAGAAAUCAGAGAUAUUAAGAAAAUGACAUUAAUACUAAGAAAUGUUCAGAAGGCCGUUCAUUUAGAUGUACAAGUUUUUAAAAAUGAGAUUAAUACUCUGCGAGAGUUAUUUCAAGUGCAUCAAUAUGAACUGUCUGUAAUUUGUGUGGAAAAUGAAUAUAUUCAGAGUUUGAACAGAAAGUAUAGGGGUUUAGAUGAACCCACAGAUGUUCUAGCAUUCCCAUUUCAUAAGUAUGAUGUACCAGGUAAGCUGCCAUGUCUUGAAGAUACAAAUACUGAGUUAAAUCAACUUGGAGAUAUUGUGUUGUGUUUACCAUAUAUAGCUGAUCAAUGUAAACAGAAUAAUGAAAAACUCUGCAAUACUCUACCAGUAAUGGUGACACAUGGAAUAUGCCAUCUGAUAGGUUAUGACCACGAAACACAGAAACAGUGGAGGGAGAUGUAUAACACAGAGCUGAAUAUAUUAACCAAAUUUAACCAUUUUACCGGGAAAAACUGUAAACCACUUCUGGGUGUAGGACAUUAGAAAUUAUGUCUACGUUUUAUCAGAGAAUUAGGUUGGAAUCAUCAAUCAACUGAUAUGAUUGGAGAUAUAAAUUUGGUCUAUACCAUAUUCCCAUAUAAUGUGACUGAUAAGAUUAAUGUGGGAGACACCACUUGGAUUAGAGACCCAAUAGUGGAGCCAAAGGUGGUAUAGGCAGCAGUGAUAGGCACAUGAAUGGAGAAGUCAAGACUUUUUGUCUUUAGAUAUUACUAGUGUUUUCUUCAAUUUACAUGACACCCUUUAACAGCAAUAGUACACUUCUGUAGAAUGUAAUUUUAAUGGAUUUAAAAUUUGUCAGAAUUAUCGCAAAGCUGUCAUGCUGUAAUAAGAUGUAUGUUUCAUCCAAUUAACUUGAAAUGGUCAUAAAGCAUUUAUGUUCAUGAGACGAAGAAGCUUUUUGAAAUUCUGCUUGAGGGGGCACUGUGGAGGCCCUAUAUAUACCAACUGGCAAUUUAGUCUGUACAGCAUUUCUAUACUGUAACUGACAACAUUAAUACCAGGAAAACUAACCUAAAGAGUGUUAUUGUACUCUUUUGAAAUGGUUUAUAAAGAACUACCCGUAUGACCUUGCUGUUGUCAUAAUAUUUCAAUAAUUAAGUAAAUACCUAAUUACACAUUUCCUAUCAAAGCAGAGUACUACUGUCUUAACUGAAACAAUAUCCAAGUUAUUCAACUGAGAAUUUGAGAAGAAAUAGAUCCAUGCAUAUUUAUAACAUUCCAAAAAUAAACAUACAAAUAAUAUUGAUUUCCCACAUUGAUUUAUUUGUAGCCUUUUUUUCUAUCACAUACAUUAUUAAUAUAACAUAUUCGGCGUAAAGCUCAUAAUCAAUAUCAGAGAUUACAAACAUCAAAUUUUGUUCCCAAGUUAGCGUGUAAAAUAGCACUCAUAAGACUAAAUGUGUAGCUAGAAUAAUACCAAAUAAAAAUAAAUAUUGAUCCCAAUAUUAGACAUGUGGAUUUGUAUAUCUUUAAAACAAUUUUAAAAUGAACUGAUUUUGAUUUAUAUACAAUUGCUGUGAACUUUAUAAAAAAUAUUGCACUAAAUUUAAAUUCAUUUGUUUCCAUCAUAGACCGAAUAAUAAACAACAUACAACAUGUAUAUAAAUUGUAUUUAUGAGUUACAUACAUACUCAUGUGGAAUAAAAAAAAAUCAAGUAAAAUUGCCAAAUGAAAAAUAUAUUAUUGAAAACUACGGUUUUAUAUAAAAGUUUUUCACAAAAAUAUUUCACAUUACUUAAUUCUAUUGUUCAUAGAUUUUACAAGAACACAAUUAUAACCAAAAGAAUUUUAGAUUAAUUUCGAUUAAGGAUAUAUACCCAAUGUUUGCAUAUAUUAAGACAUUUUUUUAUUAUAUCAAACUCUACAAUUCAUAGUAGUUUGUUUAAUUCAUUUGGGUUGGUCAUAGAUCUCUUAAAAUAUAAUAACCAGUAAGUUUUUAAUUACUGUAUUUUCACUUAAAAUUAACUUGAUUUAUACAUAAUUAUUAAUAGUUUUGAAACUGGGUUUGGCUGUGAUUGGUUUUAUAUUGAAGACUCUCUGGAAUAAUUAUUGUAGAGGUUGAUACUAUAAUUAAAUAUCAAGCUAACAAAUAGUUGUAUAAUAAGACCUCUAAACUAUGUUUUACCAAUAUACGUGCGCUACAACUAGGGUGUGUCUUUGUUAUUGUUUAGCAGAUUUAAGAUAAUAAUCUGAGAGGAUUUUCCACGCCUUAGGUGCCAUGAAACCGUCUGGUGGAUUUUCUCCUUCUCUUGCAAGCUUUCUCAUACGAGUUCCAGAAAUGAAAUCAAAUUCUUCUUUUUUCUCUGGAUUGAAGAAGUCCAUCUUUUUGUGUUUUGUGUUAUAAGCUGCGACUCUGAAUGGAACUAUUUCUAACUGUGUUAAACCUGGUGCCAUUGUUAGUACCUGCAGCGAAAUAAAACAUACAAUAUGA